UAGAAAAAGAGGUUGCCAGCUCAUAAUACAUUUCCAAUUCCAGAAAUAAAACAAAGGUUUAGGCUUAUACAGUUAUACUUACAGCUAAUACUCACUUACUUUUCUUCUCAAAAUCACUUUUUUCCUUAGCCAACUUUAAAGGAUUUCCACAAUUUUCUCUCUUUCUUUGUUCUCUGUUCAAAUGUAGUAACGAUUGAAUCGAGGAGGAAAAAGAAGAUCUUAAUUGCUUAAAAAACUCUUUGUUUUUUUAUUAAUUGGACUUAAGUUUGACAGACGGUUGUGCGUAGAUUCGGAGUGCAACCUAAGUCCGAUGGCUACAACUUUCAGUCCGGGUCGGAGCCCGGGGGGUUCUAGGCUUCAGUUAGGAGCAGGCAGUGGAGUGUCGAGGCUUAGAUCUUCGUCGCUUAAGAAGCCACCGGAGCCGUUACGUCGUGCAGUGGCAGAUUGUCUUUCGUCUUCUUCGCCGGCGGCGGUGGCUGGAGGAGUUAGCUCGCAUCACCAAGGGGGUCCUUUGGUUUUAACUGAAGCUUCGAGGACGCUUCGGGACUAUCUGGCAGCUCCCUCAACAACUGACCAGGCUUAUAUCGUUAUUUUAGAGCAUACAAUUGCAGAGAGAGAACGCAGCCCAGCUGUGGUGGGAAGGUGCGUGGCACUCCUGAAGCGGUACCUUUUAAGAUAUAAGCCCAGUGAGGAGACGCUGCUGCAAAUAGAUCAGUUUUGUGUAAACUUAAUUGCUGAAUGUGACAUUAGUCUAAAUCGACGGUUGCCGCCUUGGUCUCGAUCACUAAAUCAACAAUCUAUUUCAUCAACAACAUCAACAUCAUCUGCAAGUUCUUCGCCUUUGUUGCCUGUAUCUAGUUUUGCUUCUGUGGCACUUGUAAAAUCGUUAAAUUAUGUGAGAUCCCUAUUGGCUAAACAUAUUCCAAAGCGGUCAUUCCAGCCUGCAGCCUUUGCUGGAGCUACCUUGGCUUCAAGACAGUCGCUUCCUACACUUUCAUCUUUGUUGAGUAGAUCUUUCAAUUCCCAGCUAUGCCCUGUGAACGGUGGAGAAUCUUCAGAGAAGAAAGAUGCUACAAAUUUAUCUGUUCCAAACUUGUUGAACGUUGAGGAAGCUGAUGGAAUAGAGAAUCCUGAAUAUCUUGCAAAUGAUGUUCUGAAAUGGCGCUGGCUUGGGGAUCAUCAGUUGUCAUUAUUGUAUUCUGAAAGUGAUCGGUCCGUGAAUAUUCAAGACAUGAGAACAUAUAAUUUUGUAGAAGUAGGAGCUGCUGCUUUACUUGUUGGAGACAUGGAAGCUAAAAUGAAGGGUCAACCAUGGAAAUAUUUUGGCACUGCUGAUAUGCCUUAUCUUGAUCAACUCUUGCAGCCCUCAUCAGUCACAACAAUUACCAAUUCUGCUGCAGCUCACUCCCACUUGAGAGCAAUAACAGCAUUAAAACGCAGUAAAGGAGGACCUCGUCAAAUAUGGGAUGAUUCUCCAGCAAGCAUGUUUCGCCCACGUGCCCGGCCACUUUUCCAGUACCGUCAUUACAGUGAACAACAACCUCUGCAAUUAAAUCCUGCUGAGGUAUCUGAGGUUAUUGCUGCUGUCUGCUCUGAGACAUCUUCCAGAAGUGCUAAUACCUUGACAAUAUCUUCUAGAUUAAGUUAUAACAGUGGAAAGCAGUCAAUGGAUGUGGCUGUGAGCGUCCUUAUUAAGCUGGUCAUUGACAUGUAUGUCUUGGAUUCUGGAGUUGCUGCUCCCCUUACUCUGUCUAUGCUUGAGGAAAUGCUUAGUUCUCCAAGAGCAGCUUGUAGGGGGCGGGCUUUUGAUUUAAUUAUAAACCUUGGAGUCCAUGCUCACUUGUUGGAGCCAAUGGUAAAUGAUGACAAAUCUUCAAUUGAAGAAGAGUAUGCUCAAGAAUUGCUUUUAAAUAGUGAAGAUCAGUUUACCAUGCAAGGGAUAAGAAAAAUAGAUUCUGCCAAGAAGUUGGGCACCUCCUCAGCCAUUGAUAAAUUUGAAUCUUGGAUUUUAAACAUUUUAUAUGAGAUACUUCUUCUUCUUGUUCAGACUGUAGAGAAGGAAGAAUCUGUCUGGGCUUCUGCUCUAAGCUGCUUACUGUAUUUUGUCUGUGAUAGAGGCAAAAUCCGGAGAAAUCGAUUAAAAGGACUUGACAUUAGGGUUGUCAAGGCACUUGUAGAGACUAGCCGGUUUAAUUCCUGGGCUGAACUUGUUCACUGCAAGCUUAUUUCUAUCCUAACAAACAUGUUUUAUCAAGUACCUGAUGAAGCUACUACAUCCAUCAUAAGUGCUGCAAGCUUUCUUGUUGACCAGGUUGACCUGAUUGGAGGAAUUGAUUUCAUCUUCAUUGAGUAUUCAUUGGCAACCACAAGAGAAGAAAGAAAACAUCUAUAUUUGGUGCUUUUCGACUAUGUUUUGCAUCAAAUAAAUGAAACAUGCAUAUCAACAGGAGCUUCUGAAUAUAGUCAUGAUGAGAGUCAGCCCAUUGCUACGCUGCUUGCUUUGGCUGAUGCACCUGAAGCUUUUUAUAUUUCUAUUAAGCUGGGGGUGGAAGGCAUUGGGGAGCUUUUGAGAAGAUCAAUUUCUGCUGCAUUGUCUAGAUACCCUAACAGUGAGCGAUUAAAUAUGCUGUUGGGAAAUAUUACAGAGAAUUUGGAUGCAAUAAUAAGUUCAUUUACUCAUUUGGACAAGGAGUUCUUGCAUCUGAAACAGAUAACUAAAUCCAACAAGUUCAUGGAUGAUAUUGAGGGUUCAUCUGUGCAAAAUGGUGCUGGAAUGAAAGCAAGGCUUGCUUGGACCAUAUUGCAUUCUCUUCUUCAGUCUGAUAGAAUCUCUUAUCGCCAAAAUGGAUAUAUCUGGUUGGGAGAUCUGCUUAUUGCUGAAAUAAGUGAGUCAAGGAAUGGGAGUAUAUGGUCUAAUAUCAAGAGCUUGCAGAAUAAAAUUGCUUAUGCUGGUGCUCAUGAUUUCUGUGAUCAUUCUGACAUACCUUUGUCUAUUUGGCUGAUGUGUGGUCUUUUGAAGUCAAAAAACAACAAUAUUAGGUGGGGCUUCUUAUUUGUUCUGGAAAGGCUUCUCAUGCGGUGCAAGUUUUUGUUAGAUGAGAGUGAAAUGCAAAAGUCAAGCGAUACAGAUUUUUGCCUUGAUCAUAGUGAUUCCCGACUUGAGAAAGCAAAUGCGGUGAUUGACAUCAUGAGCCGUGCUUUGUCCUUGGUAGCUAUAAAUGAAACAGACCGCAUAAACAUUUUAAAGAUGUGUGACAUUCUAUUCUCUCAAUUGUGCUUGAAAGUUCCCCAUUCAACUGUGAUGCCAUUUGGUGAAGGAAUAAAACAACCUAAAGUUCUCAUCCGCACAGAUGAAAUUAGAAAUACUAGUACUUCUGAGCGCUUACCUAAACAAGCAAGCUGUAGUUGGGACGAAUUAAUGGAAGAAACUGAUAGCAAAUCUGGCUACCACGGUAAUUCUCCAAUACAUGAGAUAGCUUCUAUGGCUGCAUCACUACUCCGAGGACAAGCCAUUGUGCCAAUGCAAUUAGUUGCACGUGUACCAGCUGCUUUGUUAUAUUGGCCUUUGAUUCAACUUGCGGGUGCUGCAACUGACAACAUUGCUCUAGGUCUUGCUGUUGGAAGCAAAGGAAGAGGGAACAUACCUGGUGCUACUUCUGAUAUUCGGGCCACCCUUCUUUUACUUCUAAUUGGUAAAUGUACUGCAGAUCCUAAAGUUUUUCAGGAUGUUGGCGGAGAAGAUUUUUUCAGAGCACUUUUGGAAGAUACUGAUUCCAGGGUGGCAUAUUACUCUUCAGCUUUCCUAUUGAAGAGAAUGAUGACCGAAAAACCAGAAAAGUACCAACACAUGCUACAGAAGCUUGUUUUUAAAGCUCAACAGAGUAACAAUGAAAAGCUGCUUGAGAAUCCAUAUCUUCAGAUGUGCGGGAUAUUUCAGCUGUCAAAUGAUCUUUAAGCUCGGUCAUAGUUGAUGAUUCUUUGCCAAUUUUAAUACACAUUCCUGCAUACUGCAGUGUUCAUUAACCCAACAUUCCUUUGCUUGUGGUUUUUCAAACCGGCAACAUUUGGCCUGAUUUUUCGAGUCCAUUGUUGAUGCAUGUGAUUCUGUUAACCUGCAUAAGAUUGUCUGAAAUCAUGAGGUAGUUCAAAACUUCAAAGAGCAAAAUUUUCAAAUUUAGGCUAAGUGUGAGAAAUUCCAAGACUGGCUUCCUUACAAUUAAAGUUACGAGCUGUGAUCAGAUGUCAGAAAGUCUUCGUACAAUGCUAUUUGUGCUCCUAGAUCUGCUAUAAAAGUAGAGAAGGAAUGCCCGGGAAAAAAAUGGAGUGACUGGAGCUAUUAGUUUCAUGGCAUUGAACACAUCUACAGUUAUUCAUGUACUUGACACAAAGCCGAAGAAUUUCUGGGCAACUAGAAGAAACUCCUCCUGGUUCAUGGUUAGAUUAUGCAUGGCCUUCCUUUUUAACUUCAUAUGGUUCAUGGUUGGCUACUUUUUGAAGGCCAUCCUUAGUGAUAAAAGAAAACCUCGACUUAACUCAGGAAGGCCUGUCACCGGACAAAGGAUACUUAAUUUCCAUUAGAUAUAGGAUUGAAUUUCGACCUUGAACGCUAUCCCAGUUGUAGUGAAGGUAUCACCUUGGAUGUCUGUUUUUAAGGUGCAUCUCCAAAGUAUACCUGUUAAGUGUUUUACAUAAUUUUGACAAUGUAAGUAUGUGAAUUUGGCUGUUAUUGUAAAAUUUGUUCUGCGAAUUUUGCUUCAUGUAUUAGUUUUGAUUGUUAUAUUCUAUGAGUUGUUUGUAUAAUAAUCUUCACUGAAAAUCAUUUCUGUAAAAUAUUUCCCUAAUCUCUUUGAAGAAUUUUUAAA